GUCAUAUCUCAUAUUCUGAAGAGUGGGUAGAUUUAAGGUGGCCUAGUUCCCAGGUAGUAGUUGGUCUGCUGAGAGCGGAUUGGUAGCAGAUGGCUUGUUCGCUGUGUACUCUCCCAACUUUCCGCCGUAGUGCUACAUCCUAAAGUUUUCACGAACAAGCAGCCAUCCUUUGCCUUUCAAGUUGUUGCAGGUUUACUCAGUUUCCAUAAGUAGAUCACAUAAACCGGAAAUGAAUCUUGAUAGCACUUUUCGAAGUCCUCCAGAUGUUUCUCAACUACCAAUUCUGCACGUCGAGGCUCUUGUUAAAAGCAAGGACGGAAUCAUUGUGCGAACUGAUCUGAUCAGAGAUGGGGUUACAAAAUGGCUCCUGGACAAUUUUGUCGCCCUCUCCAUCGGACAAGAGAUCUCUUCAUUCGGAGGGUUAAAUGAGUCGUACGCCCAGGACUUUGAUUCAAUCCUCGUCAUCGAAUGCAGCGGGGGAAAUUUGGAUACUGGAGCAUAUCGACUUCAGCAGGUCGAGCUAGACGUCCAAGCGUACCAACUCCACACACAACCCGAGCAGCAGAGCUCCCAGCAUACACAGUCGCUCGAAGGUCCGGCAGACGAGUCGGAUAAUGACUCAAGGGCAAGAAUACUGGUUCUACCGAGCAUAGAUCUGGACGGGCUAUGGGAGUCAUUGCAAUUCGACCUGCCAAUACAAUCAAGGCUCCUUUCCGCUAUAAGUAGAAUGGUGUCAUUUUCUGUCCAAAGACUUGGUAAAUGGGUCAUCACAUGGAACAGGUUGAUCCUCAUAUGGGGCCCGCCAGGAACAGGAAAGACGAGCCUUUGUCGCGGUCUUUCUCAAAAGCUUGCCAUACGUCUGGGAAAGCAUUACCCUCGAAGCAAGCUAUUCGAGGUCAAUGCGCAUUCCCUAGGAAGUAAAUUUUUUGGUGAGAGUGGAAAGCUGGUCGGCAGAAUGUUCGAGAACAUAGAGUCGUUGCUUGAGGAGGAAGAUGAUACUUUCGUUUGCGUCUUCAUAGACGAGAUAGAGACACUGGCCUCUCGGAGAGACAGGGCAUUGAAUGGAAAUGAGCCCUUCGAUGCCAUUCGGGCGGUUAACGCUCUAUUGACAGGCCUGGAUAAGCUGAAAGAGCAUCCGAAUGUGAUUGUUGUCUGCACAAGCAACUUGGUCACAGCUCUGGACCAAGCCUUUCUCGACCGCGUCGACAUAAAACAGUAUAUUCCUCGACUGGCUGCCAGGCCGGUCUACAAGAUCUCCAAAGACUGUCUAGAGGAAUUGGGUCGACAUGGGAUCAUUGAAGGUGCUUGUUUUGACGUGGUCCAGAUCACUCCGAACGAUCCGUUGCAGUAUGUGGAGCGGCCUGCGGAACAGCUCAUCCUACCAUCCUUUAACGAGAUGAUCUUGCACUAUAAGACGUUCCCAAAUGCAAUCCCCAAGCUGCUGGCUGAUGCAGUUUUGGAGAGUGAGGGGCUUAGCGGCCGCACCAUCCGGCGAUUACCUGCCCUUUCCUUGGUGUUAUACAGCAACAGUGCCCGGUAUGAUAUACGGACGGCUAUUCAAGCAUUGCGCAUGGGAAUAGCGUCGGAAACCCAGGCGAAGGCGGAGGCGAUGGUGGAAGAGCACUCGGGGGCGACACGGACCAACGGCCAAUGAGAGCGGAAGGAUUGGUACGCGGCUCUGCGUAGGACGGACGGGGACGUAGGAUGGAGAUGGAGAGAUCGCUGUAAUCGAAACAUAGCCAGACGCUAGAUGUUGAAUGCCAGCAAUUGAAUCUCCCUGCAAGCUCCCCUCGAAAUGCUUAUCAAUCUUUGUUGAGGCUGCUGUCAUCA